UGUUGCCCAGGCUGGAGUGCAGUGGCACGACCUCAGCUCACUGCAACCUCCGCCUCCCGGGUUCAAGUGAUUCUCCUGCCUGAGCCUCCGGAGUAGCUGGGAUUACAGAUGCCCGGCUAAUUUUUCUAUUUUUAGUAGAGACAGAGUUUCACCAUGUUGGCCAGGCUGGUCUCGAACUCCUGACCUCAGGUGAUCCACCCACCUCAGCCUCCCAAAGUGCUGGAAUUACAGGCGUGAGCCACCGUGCCCGGCCUAUUUUAUUCUUUAUACAUCACUUCGAUCAAACCCUGAAGGAUCUUGUUUACGUAUUUGCUCAUUUUACCCUAUUCUGCAUUUCUACCCCCGCUAGAACGUAGGUUCUAGGAGGCAGGAUGGGAGUCUGUCUUGUUCAUAAAUACAACCCCUACUCGUUCAUAGUUAAGUCAACAAAUAUUUAUUGCGCACCUACUAUGUGCCUGAUGAUAUUCUUUCAACAGAUAUUUGCAGAGCACCAAAUUGUGUACCUGGCACUAGGCCUUGGUGAUCUAGUGGAAAGCAAAGGCCCACAGGAUCCCUGCGUAAAUAGGACCCCGCAAGGAGAAAGUGAAUUCUGACUCGGCCUGGAAUAGGGAGGUUCAUAUUCCCCAUUCAAGGCCUCAGUUUCCCCCUUUGUAAAAUGGGACUGCAGGGAGAGCUGGAGGACAAAAUGACCGCCUCUGAUCCAGCCCAGCUACUUUCUUGGUAUGCGGCAUCUGAAACCAUGAUCUCCAGGUUUCCUGUAGAGGAGCGGGGGUUCCCACUGGAAGCGAGGGUUAGGAGUGGGUAUGUGUAGGGGGAUGGGGAUGCAAAGACCGAGCUCUGCCCUUAACCCAGCAGGGAGGAAGUCUUCCCCUCUCUGAACCUCAGUUUCUUCCUGCCUAAAAUGGGCAUCCCAGACGCCCCCAACUCGCAGGCAGGAAGAUCGGUCCCAAGUGCCCCGCAAAGCCGCGGGCCAGGUGGCGACCCGGGCUGUGCUGGCUUCCAAGCCUGCGAGCCAGCCCGCGACCACGUGGGGCAGUGGCGGCGGCGCGGGCGGAACCCAGGAUCCGCGGCUUGCGGCCUGCCCGGGCCUCUGCAGCGGGGGCGCCGGCGGAAGUGGGGACACCAGUAGCCGCGGACCUCGGUCUGGUGGCUUCUCUGUUGACAACUCAGCUGGUUCCACACCCUGGCAAUUGUGAAGAGUUGGCCAAAUGUUUGUCCACUGAGCUGAUCUCUUCUCUGGAGCACCAAGGCCACCAGGAGGGAGCCAAGACAAUGCAAACUCCAGUGAACGUUCCCGUGCCUGUGCUCCGGCUGCCCCGGGGCCCUGAUGGCUUCAGCCGUGGCUUUGCCCCUGACGGACGCAGAGCCCCCUUGAGGCCAGAGGUUCCUGAAAUCCAGGAGUGUCCCAUAGCUCAAGAAUCCCUGGAAUCCCAGGAGCAGCGGGCACGAGCCGCCCUUCGGGAGCGUUACCUCCGCAGCCUGCUGGCCAUGGUGGGUCAUCAGGUGAGCUUCACGUUGCACGAGGGUGUGCGUGUGGCCGCCCACUUUGGAGCCACCGACCUGGAUGUGGCCAACUUCUACGUGUCACAGCUGCAGACUCCCAUAGGUGUGCAAGCAGAGGCGCUGCUCCGAUGUAGUGACAUUAUUUCAUAUACCUUCAAGCCAUAAAAAUAUUGUGUUCACUUUUCUGCUUGAGGCUAAGGCACUGUAUCCCAGGCCUCCCAAUGUUCCCGAGCCAGGAACUCUGGGCCCCAUGGAGUUAUGAGCUCCCUUGGAAUUUUGAGCCAAGCUUUAAGCAAGUCUGGACUCCUGAGACCUCCUGGGUCUCGUCAGUAAAAUUCUGCAACUCUAGGAAUUCUAAGAUCCCAUUGGAAGGAAUGCUCUACCUCACAGAACUCUGAACCCUACAGAAAUAUGGGCCUGCUGCCAUUUCCUGAAGACCGGGGCAUCGGGGUGGGGUGAUAAAGGAUACAUCCUGCACAGGGGGAAGUUAUUAAAGAGGCUGCAAAGUCCAGCCACCCUGAAGAUACUCCCCAGUGCUCCCCCCUCCUGCUAAAGAACCAGUUACCCCAGGAAAA